AUGGAUACUCCUUCUAAAGAAGAUAUAGUAGGGGUCUCCAAUGAUGCAUGUAACACACAGAAUAUGUCACUGGACUGUGAUGUUAUCAAAGUUGAUUUAAAUUUGUCACUGGACUGUGAUGUUAUCAAAGUUGAUUUUGGUGACCAACUUGGAACUACAAUUCCUAGUGCUAAGGAUGACCAAGUUAUUUUUGACGAUGUUAUUCAAAGCGAGAAUCUAAAUAAAAUUCAAGAAUUGUCUAUUAAAGUGGACAAUGUCCUCUCUAGCAUAGAGUCAAUGAGAGUUGUAAACAUUGCUCGGGACGUAAUAAUUGAUAAAAUCCUUGAAUCUGUAAGCCGCAUUGAGACAAUGAUAUCACAACUCAGUCUGAACAAUGAUUCCGAGACUCCGACCAAGCUCUCUGUACAAAACACACAUCCGAUCUCAAGAUUGAAGGCUAAGAGUUCAGCUAUUGAUAUUCAUACGGCUAUAUCAGACGAUGAGGAUGAUCUUACUGUACUGGAUCAUAUGUCUUUCACCCAUGAUGAUCCGUUCCACAUCAAGAUCAAUAUGGACAAACCAGUAUCUCCAUCUAUAAGAUCCGCACCAAAAAAGAAAAAUAUGUCAAAGGGUAAGAGCAUUAUGGAGACGCAGAAAAAAUUACCGUUCACUCACCCAGGCGGAAUUAGAAAGCCAAAGAUUGAGCCCAAAUCAGUCAAUAAAUCGAAGGCGUCUUAUGCACUGAGCCAACCCACAAAAGACUAUAGAAGAGCUGUUUAUUUCUUUUCCAUUACUAGCUCAAUGCAGUGUCAGUUUAUGCCAACUCCAACCAUGCGUCUUUUGGAAGAUCAGAUAAAGGCCUGUGCAUAUAUAUUUUCAGCAUCGCUAGAUCCAUCUGAAGAACUUGUCGUAACAAAUACAAUCAGAGCAACUAGAUCAGACUUUGCACAUUUCAUACCUGACAGACCCAUUACUGAUAAGAUUCUUGAAUUAGCGGCAUUGAAAUGCACUGAUGAUCAAUCUGAUGUAAGUUUCAAGACAACAUGGCAACUUCCACCGAGAUUUGUGGUGGAUGUCUUCAACAAGAAAGAUUUAAAGAAGAAGAUGGAAGACUACAUUUAUAAAUUUAUGCAACCUACUGCUGAUUUAAAAUUUAUAUACGUUCCUAUUCAAGAGGAUGACCACUGGUAUCUAAUGGUAAUAUCGGUUUGCGAGCAUACAAUUUAUCACAUGGACACCCAUUUUAAUGAUGACAGAAUUUGCUAUCGUGAAUGUGUUAUAAAGACACUAGCACACGUACUGGAGCAAGUCAUCACGUCGAAUUUUUACAAGGAUGAUGGCAUUCAAGAGUAUAAUAAACAAUUUCAUGACUACAAAAUUGAAAGACCAGAAGAUAUACCUCAAUGUUCCUCAAGCUUGAACUCUGCAACUUGGGUGAUGAAGUGGAUGGAUAUGACUUAUGAAUUUAAGCCAUAUGGUAACAAUAAGCUCGAUGAUCACGAUAUUCGCAUGAUAACCGCGGUGCAUAUACUCCGGAGUCGGAUCAACCAUAAGAAGCCACAGAUUAUAGCAUCGGUCGAGGAGUUUUGGAAUAUGCACAGUUCUUAUAAUUAA